UCAAGAUCCAUUAAGGCUGUUUUAUCAUCAAAAGUGAAAAUAUAAAUUAAUUAAAAACCAUGGCAUUUGCAGUUAAUUCACUAAUCAGAACAAUCCGUCAAAAUGCACGAUUAAUUUCAACAUCAUCGAGAUUAUUGGCAGCUCAAGUUCAAAAGCCAGCACCAAAUUUUGCUGGAACUGCUGUGAUUGAUAAUGAUUUUAAAGAAAUCAAAUUAAGUGAUUAUUCUGGAAAGUACUUGGUGCUGUUCUUCUAUCCAUUAGAUUUCACUUUCGUAUGUCCAACAGAGAUUAUUGCAUUUUCGGACCGUAUUAAUGAGUUUAAAGAUUUAAACUGUGAAGUUGUUGGUGUUUCUGUUGAUUCACAUUUCAGUCACUUGGCUUGGUCUAAUACUCCACGAAAGCAAGGAGGUAUUGGCAAAAUUGAGUAUCCUUUACUUGCUGACUUAACAAAGAAGGUUUCUGCUGAUUAUGGUGUUUUAUUGGAAGAUGGAAUCUCUCUACGUGGUUUAUUCAUAAUAGAUCCCAAGCAAGUGGUCCGACAGAUAACGAUUAAUGACUUGCCUGUCGGUCGUAGUGUUGAUGAAACGUUACGUCUUAUAAAAGCCUUCCAGUUCACAGAUAAGCAUGGAGAAGUCUGUCCUGCUAAUUGGGAUGAAAAGAAGAACAAAGCCACAAUUAAACCUGAUCCAAAAGGCUCUCAAGAAUACUUCUCAAAGUCUAAUUAAUUUGUAUUCGAAUUUAUAGUGAAGUUAACUUGCAAAUUGCUGAAUAAAAUAUAUCAAGUCUGAAUUUAACGAUUAUUUCAUUUUUGAAUGAAGAACGGGUUUCAAAAUUUUAAAUAUAAACAGUUUUCGAAAAUUCAAAUUUCAGCUUUUCGAAAAAUUCAAAAUAAAAGAUUCAGUCACAGUCAAAAUGGAGUACAAGAAUAACGAGCUAAAGAUUAAAUAUUUAUUACAAUUAAGGAAGUACGCUUUAAAGAGAAGAGCCAAGAGGUUGAAACU